AUGCUGCUCGAGGGGAUCUGGAAGGAAAACAAGCUGGUGGAGAUCAUCCGCAAGAUCGAAGGAGCCAUCAUGACCGAGUUCAAGCGAAACGGUGACAACACCAUCGCUUCGAAUCGAAUUCCCCUCUAUGUGGGCGAAUUCGUGUAUGAUGAAUCGAAAGAAUCGUUUCUUCGAAAUGGUCGAGGAUACUGGAUCGAUGAAGAAACUCGGAUUGCUACUCGCGAAAUCUCUAUGAUGGAUGGCAUAUUCAUUGAUUCACUCAAUAUUACUUGUUUAUUUAAUACUAUUACUAUGUUAAUCACAUUGCAUUUCACAUUGUUUUGUUGA